UCUGUCUGUGUCUUGUCUCUUCACAAGGAAGGACUUUUCACAUACACAUUCUCUUCGUCUUCUUCGUAUCACCAUAGACUUCUAUCUCACAAAUACAAUGCAGACGAGGACGGUGCAAGUAAAGCAGGUUUCAAAUCUAGCUACUGAGAGAGAGAUUCAUGAAUUCUUCUCCUUUUCUGGAGAAAUUCAACACAUUGAGAUCCGUAGUGAACCUGGGCAAUCUAAGACAGCAUUUGUUACAUUUAAGGAUCCAAAAGCGCUUGAAAUUGCUUUGCUGUUAUCGGGAGCAACAAUUGUUGACCAGAUUGUGAGUAUAUCUCCUGUUGAAAACUAUGUAUCAAAAUGUGAGAUGCAGGAAGUAAGGGUGGUGGACAAUGCCGUGUGUGUUGCUCCUGAAAAUGUCUCACAGAAUGUUGAGCAGGACAAGACUAAUCCAACUGGCAAUGGAAGAGUGUACGUUGGCAGAGCACAAGAUGUAGUUGCAAAUGUGCUUGCAAAAGGGUCAGCCAUUCGGCAAGAUGCAAUUAACAGAGCCAAAGCAUUUGAUGAAAAACAUCAGUUAAGAGCCGGUGCUUCUGCAAAGGUUCUCUCUUUUGAUAAGAGGGUUGGACUUACAGAAAAAUUUACAGUUGGGAUUUCAGUGGUUAAUGAGAAAGUGAAGUCUGUUGAUCAAAGGCUUCAUGUGUCCGACAAAACAAUGGCUGCAAUAUUUGCUGCAGAGAGGAAACUUAAUAAUACAGGAUCAGCAGUAAAAACUAGCAGGUAUGUAACUGCCGGAGCCGCUUGGCUAAAUGGCGCAUUCAGUAAGGUGGCGAGGGCCGGACAGGUUGCAGGUACAAAAACGAGAGAGAAAUUCAAUUUAGCUGUGUCGAACUUGACCGCAAAGGAACCUCCAAUUGCAGCAUAAGCCAAAGAGUUUUUGUUGGGGCAAAAAGUAAACCUCUGUGGAUUUGUUCUCACCAUUACAUACAACAACCAUGUUGGUCUAUCUGAUUCAUCAAUCUCCUUGUGUGCUAAUAUGUCAAUGGUUUGGUGUGUGCACUGAAAUGUGAUUCAAUUUCUACAAUUCUUUUUUUUUUUUCAUUAUUAUUAUUCUUUUUGUAGGGUGUGUAUGUCCGCGAGUCUACUUGUAAUUUUGCAGCCUUUCGCUUAGUUGAGUGGGGAAAAAAAAUCGUUAAUUGCCAUGAUUUUUUGCCUCUAGAAGAAUGCUAUUCUAUAUUUUGUUUUCUUGUGUAUAUAAGCUCACUUUGGCAGUUGAUGUCCCA